AGAAGGGCCGCCUUGCAGCCUCAAAUUUCAUGAGCACAGCAUCCACAUUCUCUCAGCGCCCAUGACAUCAAAGGAUGCAUACCUACAUUCAGCCAUAGGGUGUGCGAUUUGCCGACCACCCCACCUUUGCGCGACCGCGCGCCCAGCUGGUAGACAUCGGGGCGGGGUCGCCUCCGCGCCAUCUUCUCUAGGUACGCUGCGACAAGCAUCUAAUAAAUUGGUCGCCUUCGCCGCCUCCGGCUGUAAACCAUUGCAGUAAAUCCUCGCUCCUACAACCAGAAUUCUACGCCUAUAUCCAUUCCGCAAUAUGGCUGACACCGUUGGAAAGACAAUUACUUGCAAGGCUGCCGUCGCCUGGGAGGCCGGCAAAGAGCUGUCUCUUGAGGACAUAGAGGUCCUACCACCCAGGGCGCAUGAGGUCCGCAUUCAAAUCUACUACACUGGUGUCUGCCAUACCGAUGCCUACACACUGUCGGGAAAGGAUCCGGAAGGCGCGUUUCCCAUCGUUCUCGGUCAUGAGGGUGCCGGUAUAGUCGAGUCCGUAGGAGAGGGUGUCACCAACGUGAAACCCGGAGACCAUGUUGUCGCCCUCUACACACCGGAAUGCGGAGAAUGCAAAUUCUGUAAGUCGGGUAAGACAAACCUCUGUGGCAAGAUCCGAGCGACACAAGGCAAGGGCGUCAUGCCGGAUGGCACAUCGCGGUUCAGGUGUAAGGGCCAGGAUCUUCUCCACUUUAUGGGGACUUCGACUUUCUCGCAGUAUACCGUCGUCGCCGAUAUCUCUGUUGUUGCUGUCCAGCCAAAUGCUCCCAUGGAUAGGACUUGCCUGCUGGGCUGCGGUAUCACGACUGGUUACGGUGCCGCUAGAAUCACAGCCAAGUGCGAAGAGGGCUCGACCGUUGCUAUCUUCGGCGCUGGCUGUGUCGGUCUAUCAGUUGUCCAGGGUGCAGUACUCCAAAAGGCAGGGAAGAUUAUAGUGGUGGAUGUCAACCCAGCAAAAGAAGAAUGGUCUAAGAAAUUCGGAGCUACCGACUUCGUCAACCCUACCCAAUUGAAAGAAGGCCAGACCAUUGUUGACAAGCUUGUUGAGAUGACGGACGGCGGCUGCGACUAUACAUUCGACUGCACGGGCAAUGUCGGUGUUAUGCGAGCUGCUCUUGAGGCUUGUCACAAAGGCUGGGGCCAGAGUAUCGUCAUCGGUGUUGCUGCUGCUGGCCAAGAGAUCUCAACUCGCCCGUUCCAACUGGUUACGGGACGUGUAUGGAAGGGUUGCGCUUUUGGUGGUGUCAAGGGUCGAUCACAAAUGGAGGGCCUUGUGUCAGAUUACCUGGAUGGAAAACUCAAGGUGGACGAAUUCAUUACCCACCGAGAACCCCUAUCCAACAUCAACACUGCGUUCGAGCAAAUGAAGGCAGGGGACUGCAUCCGCUGUGUCGUUUCAAUGGAUCAUGAAAUCGCUCUAGAUACCGUGAAGUUGGACGUGAGGGCGGUCAAGCGGCGAGAAAUGGUUGCGAAGCUCUAAUCAUUACUAGGAGGCCGAGUAUAAGUCGAAGUCCGUGUCAAGGCUAAUUCGGCCAAGCACUUGUAUUAUAUUGAAUCCAACACUGUAUCUACGGAACUGGCUGCAGUCAUUCUAACCGGCGGUAGAAUAUUCCGGAUUGAGGUUCUGGUGAUUGGAGACGCCGAGUCCACCGUACAUAUCCCCAUGGGAGAGAGCAUAGACGAAGUAAUGGCGAGAGUCGCAACUCAUGAUUAGGCUGUCACUGCACCAUCAAGCCACACCAAUUAUGAAUUAUAUGAUAGAUUCAUCAUCAUCUUGCAUCCGCGGCACUUGACUAUGCUCAUGGUAUGGGAUACAUGCCACUGAACACGACGAGGCUGAGAGAGGACCACUAGGCGGCGCAGCCAUUGCUUGUAAAAUCAAGAACAGGUGCAGUCAAGUGAACAGCAGCCUUGUCUUCCCUCGACUCGCCGUUGCUAUAUAUUUUGUCGCAAGAUGAGAUAGAUACUGAAUACAUGUAUAACCUUGUAAGCUACCUCACGCUAGCCAGUAUUGGCGCCGUAGUGUUGGUGCCACAUCACUCUUACUCCAGAGAUGUGCACUUUUAAUGCAUGAUGAUCUGGGACCACAUUCCCGCGGCCAACGAGUACACGAGGUCAGACUUGGAGCAAA